AUGGCUGAUGAAGGCGGCCCUCCUGACGGCUAUCACGGCGGCAAUGAGGACUACCCGAUGCGGUAUGACAACAACCAGGAUGGGUAUGACUGGGACAGUAAGGGCUUCACACUCCGUGCUCUGGAUCUUGCUAACUUGAUAGGAGUGUUCGGCGCGAACGCUGCUGGCGAGACUGAUGGAGCAGUGGGCAAUGAUGGCGGUUCCAACGAUCCCGAGUAUCCUGAGCCUCCGGCGUACGGCGAGUGGUCUUACGAUCAGCCUGGCAUCCUCCAGAAUCAAGAAGAUCAGGGCAACAAUGGCGCCUACGAUGCUGCCGAGGACUCGCAGCAGUACGGUUAUGGUGACCAAAGCUCGGAGCAAAACGCCUUCAACAACAACGCCUUCAACAACAACGGCUUCAACAACAACGCCUUCAACAACAACGACUACAACAACAACGACUCCAACAACUACGCCUUCAACAACUACGCCUUCAACAACAACGACUACAACAACAACGACGCCAACAACAACGGCUUCAACAACAACGACUACAACAACAACGACUCCAACAACAACGGCUUCAACAACAACGCCUUCAGCGGACUCGCAAGCUCAGGGAUGGUCGACAGUGACCAAGCCGACGCCUACAAUCCUGGGCCAGCCAACACCAACUUAGGGUCCACGUCCGAACACGAAGCCUUCAAAUUUCCCGCCCCACCCACCCCGGCUGUGGUGGACAACCCCAUGGCCAACCCCAACAACUUCUCCGUCACUACUGCCGUCGAUAAGGACGACAAUCCCACCAAGAGGCUCAGGCCUGACGGAACCCCGGCGGUGGCUUCUACCAACGAAGAUGUGUUGGUCGUCCAGGGCGUGACACUCAGGGGUCCACAGCUCCGUGAGUACCAAAAAGUCAUGGCCGACCUGGACGAGGAGCGCAAGAAGUUGGAGAUGGUCCAGCGCGCCAUCACGGUAGCUGAGGCAUGGAAGGCCGAACGGCUUGCUGCGGAGAAGGCUGAGGAGGAGAAGUUUGUGGCGGCUACCGGCAUCUCUGUGCGCGAAAUGCACGCCAUUUGUACGAUCGUCAAGCAGCUCUGCACUUCCAUAUUUGGCAAUGAGCCCAAUACCAACAUCCCAAAGUCAGCUCAACCCAAGCAAGCUUCAUCCACGCAGCGACCUCAAGCCACUCCGACUCCACCGACUCCUGCGCCAGACACGCAGAACAUGGCGAACGCAAAGACUACCAAGUCACCCAACACCAUUAAGCCGCCGAGGCGCAAGACGCCCAUUACAGCUCCAGAUUUAGCCGACGAAGAAGGCCAGGCUGGUAAGCAGCUUCCGCCCGCCGUCGCUACCAAGAAUGUCCACGGCGAGCAAGUCCCAGAGCAUUUGCUCACUGCACGCGCUGUCUUGGAGCAGAACUUCAGUCCUACCAUGCUGGAGCACAUCAGGCUCCUUCGCAAGGCUAUUGGGGACCCGAUGUAG